AUGACUCCUAAGUCAGGAAUGAAAGGAUUUACAUUGUUUGAUAUCACAUGUUUCGGCUGGCAGUCGGAAGGACCGAUACUUUAUGAAUUUUUCGACAAAGGAUCUGAUGAUAUAGAACACUAUCAAGGUAGAAUGACUGGAUAUUCAUAUUCAGGUAUUUAUUCGCAAUUCAGGUUGACUCGAGGCAGGGUCGUAAUAUAUUUACUCAAUGAGGACGGAGACGGACCUUCUGUCACAAUCAAUGUUGAGUUGUAUGACUUUGACAGAAAUAUAACGCAUAUUGAGUACUUAAUGAACGAAAUUGAUGAUUACAUGGGCUACAAUAAUUAUCAACCUGCGCAAGACCUUAUGUCCACUCUGGCUGAAAUACUGUAUAAAGACUUGAACAAUGAAUACUACAUUCGAAGAAUUAUAUCUUCAAUGGCCAUGAUUGAGUAUGAUUCAGCGGAGAGUAUGAAGCUUGGAAUUUCAACAAUACUCUCUGUUUUGGUCAACGGAACACUGAAAGGGACAUAUUUAUUGGACGACGUACUAGAAAUGUACACUGGGAGGAUACUGCUGAAACUCGCCAAAGUUUAUCUGAAAUAUGCUGUAAAACCUGACCAUACACCUCGACUGCGGGCAAAACACGUUCACCAACUUUCCAGAAAUAUUAUGGAUUGUGUGGAUAUGGCCGUUAUUGCUCAAGAUAGAAACGUAACUAAACUUGCUCCCGAGGAAAACAUCAGCUAUGAUGUGUACGACAAUCUAAAUGUCGCCUCCAAUGACAUGGCCGAGGCACUGAUGAUUUCCAUGUAUUUGGUGGGUCGAGUUCAGCCUUAUGGAGCGGUGGGGCGGCAGAUAAGGUCGACAGAAGGAGUUUCUGAAAUGUAUUCCUACGUCAACAAUGCAGAUGGCUUGGUAGAUGUGGCUGGUUCAAAUAUCACCUCCUAUGUUAACAUCUCAAAAAGUCUGGCCAAUACAUUCGAUGAAAACCACGACUUAAUGCUUCAGUUUGCACCUAUCAAGAAAAAUCUCUUUUGGUGGGCGCAAAACAACAUCAACACCGAAAUCAUCAUGGUCGGGCUGGCAGAAAGGCUGUACAGACCUGGUUAUUACUAUGUCCCAAAAGUGGAAGCCCCUGUCCAAAUCUUCAUGAAGGUGAAGAAGAUGGAAAAGACUACAAUUAGAGGAGUGGCUACCCAACUUGACCCAACGCUAGAUAGUGACACACUGGACAAGAUAGUUCUAGUGCACCGCUUCAUACUGCCACCACUGAGCAAACUAUUUAUAACCUUCAAGUUUGACGGGAAUAGUUCAACUUCGUCUUUGAGGGUAUUGAUUAAUUUUAACGAGCGACCUAACUGGGAGGCCUUGUCUGGAGCUAAUGUUGUUUCACCACAAAACCCAGACGUGGUUAUUCCAUAUGACAUUGUUGAAAGAGAACACUUCUACUUCAUGGGAAUCCUUCCAGAUAAAAGUGUUCCAGUAAAUUCCACCGUUGACUAUUCUUUUGAUCUUCAUUUUGUGAAUUGCCAUAUCUGGGAAAAUCAGUGGAUUAAUCACUAUUGUUUGGUUGGACCAAAAACAUCGGAAGAGACAGUUGAAUGUCAGUGCACUCACAUGUCGAUAUUUUCAAGUUCAAUUUUCGUUCCGCCAAACGACAUCAAUCCCAUUUUAGACGCACCUCUAUUCCUCACAGUUCCAGAAAAUCCUUAUGUGGUAAUUUUUGUGAUUGUUAUCCUUCUUUUGUUUCUGCUGCUACUUUUGUGGGCUUAUCGAAAAGAUCGGAAGGACGCACUUUGUAGCGAUGUCAUCGUACUCCAUGACAAUUUCCCUGGAGAGAGCUAUGCCUAUUUGAUCGCUGUAUUCACUGGGUCUCGUCUGACGGCAGGAACUUCUGCUGUCGUUGGCCUUCGUCUUUACGGAGACACCUACGCCACUCGGCCAACCGUCCUGAAGUGUGAGACCAGGAGAGUUCUACAAAGAGACAAUGAUGACUGGUUUCUGUUGUGCUAUCCUGUGUCCUUGGGUAUCCUCAAUGCCGUGCAACUCUGGCAUGACAACUCUGGGAGGAACCCCGACUGGUACUGCUCAAAGGUUAUAGUGUACGACCUACAGGCCACGACCCAGUACCUGUUUGUGAUCGACCAGUGGCUGGCAUUAGAGGUAGACGAGUUUCCGGAAUCGAUGGUUCGACCGGCAACUACGGACGAGGUGUUGAGCGUCAAGCGGAUUUUUCUGGACAACUCUGUUCUCGGCUUUAGGGAAAAUCAUUUGCACCUGAGCAUCUUGGCUAGACAUCCGAGGAGCCCUGUCUCUAGAAAACAACGUUUGAUGGUCCUGAUGGUUUUGAUAAUGUCAGCCAUGUUGGCUAGCAUUAUGUUCUUCAAAGUUACGGAUAAAUUUGCUGAAAACGUUGAUGAGUACCACUACAGCUUUGGUCAAAGAGAGCUCAUGAUAAGUAUUCAAUCGUUUGUGAUCUCCACAGUCUUUGCCUUUAUUGCAAUGUUUCUUUUUAGGAAAGGAUAUAAGCAAAGAGACUAUCAAUACAAUAAACGUAGUACAUUGUAUAUGCCAAGGAAACGAUCGUCAAUAACGGACAAGUAUUGGUUUUCUGAUAAACCAGCGUUUGUGGACUUGUCUACUUUCAUAGCAUACGAUGAGAAGCCACCAAAACAACGCAAAGAUAUGACUAUGUAUGAAUCAUUCAUCGCAGCCAUCAGAAACUGUACUCAUCACAAGACUCUUCGCCCUGUUCAUUUAGCUACUGAAGGCUCGGAAAUAAAAGUGAACAAAGGAUGGUUGAUAGCGGCAUGGGUAUUUUCAAUUCUAGUGAUUAUUAUAUGUGCAUAUCUUGUUAUGCUAUACAGUCUUAAGUUUGGGAAAGUAAAAAGCUUAAAAUGGUUAAGCAGCCUGGUGGCAGCACAAGCUCAAGAUAUUUUCAUCUUUUCUCCGCUGAAAAUACUGAUACUUGCCUUAUUAUUAUCAGCUGCAUUUGAGAGAACAACUGACAUUUCUGCGUUCAAACUUGAUGUCAACAAGGCAGUUAAAUGUGACCUCGUUGGAGAUAAAAAAUACUUGGAUAAUUUAAUAGAGUACCGAACAAAGAGUAUAUACUACCCCAUGACAGAUGAAGUUAAAGCUAAAAAAAGAAGAAAGACCAUGAGGAAAAUGAAGUGGAGAAUCAUUUUAGAUUUUCUCGCCGUGCUGACGUUUAUAUUGAUUCUGUGCUACAUUAUGAAAAUUCUGUGGAGCGGAGCGCACUUCCAUCCUAACUCUCAUGCUGCUGAGAUGAUGAUGACCAAAUAUAACGGCCGAUUUGUCGCACUGCAGGAUGUUUACAAUCGGACACAAUUCUUUACCUACCUACAGAACACUUUUGUGCGGUCCUUGUUUGUUUUUAGAUGGUUUAAUGAUUUGAAUUUCCAAACACUAAGUCCUCCAGACGCUCCUGAAAGAAAAGACUGGACAAAGGAUUUUGUAUCCAAAAUGGUGGGAGCGCCUCGACUGAGGCAGUUAAGAAUUGUUGCCAGUUCCUGCGCAGUACAUCACGUUAUGGUAGUCGCUGUGCAGGAUUGCAUCCGACCGUGGAGUGAGGGCUACAUGGACACUGACACUUACGGUGUCCAAUGGAAGAAGGCGGACUUUGACGACGAGAUUGCGUAUGCUUGGGGUUACCGGACCUACUGGAUGUAUCAGGAGCCCAAGAACACCUCUGUGUUUCCAUUAUCUGGGAAAUCGGGAGUUGUCUAUCCCUCCGGAGGGUACAUUCUACCUCUUGCCGUCAAGAGAGAUCAGAGCAAAUCGUACGCAAUCCAAGUGGAGCAGGAACAUUGGGUCGAUCAUCGUACAAGAGCCGUGUUUCUUGAGCUGACGCUGUACAAUGUAAACAACAACUUGUUCAGUCAAGUUACGGCGAUCAUAGAACACAUGACCUCUGGGCUCUUCAUGACGCUUGCGAACGUGGAUUCGGUACACACAAAAGAAGAUUUCAGUGUUUGGAACUUAAUUUACAUAGUCUUCAUUGCUGCUUUGGCCUUACGAAUCGCUUACAAAAUGAACAGAAAUGGAUUGUUCAAUUUUUUCAGGAAUUUUCUAAACAUUUAUGAAGUACUAGUUGUGGCUGUUGGAGUGCUAAGUGUAAUAUUUUAUCUGAUUCAUACGAAAGUUUCUACUAUUUAUGUAGAGGAAUUCUACAGGGAAGGGCUAGAUUUGUUCUUCAAUUUCGAAGAUAUGAUCAAGUAUUUUCGGUACACCAAGGCACUUUUGUGGAUACUUUUCUGUUUGUUGGUGUUUCGGUUGUUUGUGAGCUGGCAUUUUGGUGAGAACUACUUCUACUAUUACCACACGUUUGUGUUUUCUUUACAAUGGAUUGUCAUUUUGUUGAUUUUCUUGUUGUAUUACUUUUAUUUAGUCUGGAGAAUGAUUGGUUACUCCAUUGACGGAAAAGUUUUUUACAACAGCCGUGUGAAUAUUCUACACUACAAAAUGUACAACUGUAUAUACAAACGAGAUUUCCACGAUCGAACAAAACUGAUCGCCUUUGUACUAUGUGUAAUGGCGUUAUUUUUUAAAGUAAUUUUCUUUGUGAUGUUCACCCACUACUUCCAAAUAGGAAAACGGAAACGAUUACUUCCAAUGGAAUAUUUCAACUUUUUCACUUUUUUUGCUGAAGAAUUUGGACGAUGUUUCGGGAAGAAAAAAGAAGAGGAAUUUGCAACUGAUAGACAAAUACAUAGGAAGAGAGAUGUUAAAAGUUCAAAGAGGUCUACCAUAUAUUAAUUUUUCCACCCCAUAGUUCUGGUGGUAUAUUUAUGCAACCUUUAUCAUUUUUGUAUUAUAAUAGCUAAAAUUUAAAAUAAAAUACUUCUAUCCAUA